AUGAAGGCUUUUCUGAAAUCAGCUUCAGCUAUCUUUCUCAUUCUGGCGCAUCAGUCAGCGGGCAAUCCUGGGCAUCAUGACCACCAACCUCGUGCUGCUCCGGCCACAGUAAAUGCCCCGGCCGGAACUCUCGUUGGACGAUCUUUCGGCUCCGUUGACUCUUUCUCCGGCAUCCCUUAUGCAGAACCGCCCACUGGUCAGCUUCGCUUGAGACCUCCUCAAAGACUAGCGACCUCUCUGGGCAACUUUGACGCCACAGGAACCGCGGCGGCAUGUCCCCAGUUCCUCUUGUCAACCGACAGCCGGAACAUUCUUCUUGAUGUUGUUGGCUCACUCCUUACGCUCCCGAUAUUCCAACCCAUCACCGGCCAAGAAGAUUGCUUGACGGUCACAGUCCAGCGUCCUUCCGGCACAUCGUCCAAUGCGAAACUCCCAGUCUUGUUUUGGAUUUUUGGCGGUGGCUUCGAGUUCGGGUCAACGUCCUCAUACAACGGGGCAAGCUUUGUGCGCGAUGGGGCAGACAUGGGCCGUCCCUUCAUCUUUGUUGGUGUCAACUAUCGAUUGGGAGGUUUCGGGUUCUUGUCUGGUCGCGAUAUCCUGGAGGAUGGCUCAGCCAACUUGGGACUAUUGGACCAACGCCAGGCUUUGGAAUGGGUUGCCGAUAAUAUUGCUGCCUUUGGAGGUGAUCCCGAUAAAGUGACAAUUUGGGGAGAAUCCGCUGGCGCAAUAUCCGUUUUCGACCAGAUGGCACUUUAUGACGGCAACAAUACUUACAAAGGUAGACCUCUAUUUCGAGGGGCUAUCAUGAACUCUGGCAGUGUUAUCCCAGCUGAUCCAGUCGACUGCCCAAAGGGCCAAGCCGUCUUUGAUGCGGUCGUAAAGGCAGCUGGUUGCCAAGGAUCAGCCAGUGCCUUGGAUUGCCUCCGCAGCGUAAGUUACGAAACCUACCUGCGAGCAUCAACGGCGGUGCCCGGCAUCCUCUCAUACGAAGCUCUUGCCCUGUCUUACGUUCCUAGACCCGACGGUACGGCACUCGUAGAUAGCCCUGAUAUUCUGGCAAGAGACGGACGAUAUGCAGCAGUGCCCAUGAUUAUCGGCAACCAAGAGGACGAGGGGACGUUAUUUGCACUUUUCCAGCCUCUGGUCUUGACAGCGUCUCACCUGGUCAACUACCUUUCGGAGCUAUACUUUCACAAUGCCUCAAUGGCCCAGUUGACCACCCUCGUCGACGCAUACGAUCCUCUCAUAUCUGCAGGGAGUCCCUUUCGGACAGGGAUCUUCAACGAGAUCUAUCCUGGCUUCAAACGCAGAGCCGCCAUUCUUGGUGACCUUGUGUUCACUUUGGCGCGCCGCUCGUUCUUAUCUGUAGCCAAGGCAAAUCACCCGGAUGUCCCAGCCUGGUCAUAUUUGAACAGUUAUAAUUACGGUACUCCAGUCAUUGGUACAUUCCACGCUUCAGAUAUCCUGCAAGUCUUUCUCGGAGUCUUUCCCACUUUUGCACGGCAGAGUACUCGGACUUACUACCUUAAUUUCCUCCACAACCUAGAUCCCAAUGUCGGAUUGAGUGGUUUCGCGCAAUGGCCGGAAUGGGGUCAGGACCAGCAGCUACUCUGGUUUCUCAAUGAUCGAACAGAUUACCUCAAAGAUGACUUCCGGAAUGAAAGCUAUAGAUUCAUCUACGACAAUAUGCAAUCACUGAAUUUCCGGGACAAUUCGGAUGUACUGCCGCGUUGGUCUCUUUGA